AUGAAGCUUGAAGUGUGUUCAUAUAGUGGAUACAAAGUAUACCCCGGCCAUGGCAAACGUGCUAUUCGUGGAGAUGGUCGUCAGUUCUACUUCCUCAGUGGGAAGUGCGAACGUUCUCACUAUCUGAAGCGUAAUCCACGUGAGGUUAGCUGGACUGUACUUUACCGCCGAAAAUACAGGAAGGGUGUAGUUGAAGAAACGACAAAGAAACGAUCUAAGAAGGUCACCAAAGCCGCUCGUGCUUUUGCUGGUGCCAGCAUGGCUGAGAUUAUGGCCAAGCGAAAUCAAAAUCCUGAUGUUCGCAAGGCUAUGCGCGACCAAGCUUUGCGUGCUCUGAAGGAAAAGCAAAAGGCUAAGGAGGCUGAAAGGAAGGCCAAGAAGGCUGAGGUUAAGAAGAAGAGUGUUGCCCCGGCACCAAAAGCACAGCAACAGCCUAAAGCCGCAAAGAAGGUUGGCAAGCCCGUUGUUAAGGGUGGUAGACGCUUCUAA